GUAGACAGCUACAUAUACGUUCAGCUGUGUUCGAUCAAUGAGGCCCUCGACAGUAUGAAGCAUCAUGCAAGUCCAACCGUUUGCGCUGGGAAAGACGUUGGCUAAGCCAUGGCAUGAAGUAAGGACGGCCAUUGUUUCUAUUUUUAUGCAGUAUUCCUUGUGCUUAUCAUGGAUCAGAAUCGUCAUGCUUGAACACUUGAUCUGACGCAUAUCUAACGGAAUAUUUGAAGCAUACGAAAGACAGGAACUUGUCAGAGAUCCCGUGGUGAGAUAUGUUACAAAGAGGAGCGUGAAGACAGGAGUCUGAAAUGGAAACUAUUGCAUGCAACGAAACAUUGCCGGUGCUUACAGGUUACCCAGUGAGGCCAGUGGAGACUAUAAUCGGACUGCUGGCAUUCUUCAGUUUGCUGGGUACAACCGGCAAUGCUUUGGUUUUGUAUGUUUAUACAAGAAAGCGGAACAAGCUGCCUUCAACAAUCUUUAUCAUUUCUUUAGCAGGAACCGAUUUGAGUGUUUGCAUUAUUGUUAUGCCAUAUACAAUGACUGUUGAAUAUCUGGACUAUGAAAUCAAGUACGAUAUUUUGUGCAAAUUGUAUUUGUUUUUGAUAACGUCCAAUGUGCCAUUCUCGGCUUUCAUCAUGGUCGCGAUUGCGGUGGAUAGAUAUAUUUGCAUUUGCCAUCCCCACUGGCAUGUGCUGGAUACGAGAAGAGCCAAACUUAUACUUUUUUCGUUGAUUGUUUUUUCAAUGAUUCUUGGAAUCAUCACCGCAUUAGCUUAUGGCGUGUACCAAUACAGUACAAAGAUUGACGAAGCACAAUUAUUCGAUCGCAAUUCUACAUCAAUGACAAGUUUAAAUGGGACCAAUGCCAAAGACACAGAUCUGUGUAUCAACAAACCAGAGCACGCCAAUUGUACCGAAAUAGCCGAAAAUAGCAUAAAUUGCACCGAUGAUGUUCCCUUAUGGCAAUUCGUUGAUUACACCGGUGUUUGCAAUCCAAACCAACUUAUUUUUACCAGAACGUUUCGAAAAACGUACCAGAAGCUCUAUGCUGGAAUGUUUCUAGUUGCUUUUAUUGUUGUGUUUGUACUUUACAUUCUCAUCUACAAAUCGGUUCUUGAGAGGAGAUCUAAAAAGAUGAGACAAAGACGUAAAACCCAACUGUCUCUGUAUAGAGAAACGUCAAUGACCGAGACUCACUUAACGAUGGCAAACGGAAGUUCACGAAACUCGGUCACGAGAAGAGAGAGCAAAAAGGCCAUGCUGGACAUGGACGGGUGCAUUAAAGAAAAAUACUGGCUAGCUAACAUUAGAACGGCGUUAAUGUUGUUUGUGGUAACACUUGCUUUCAUUAUAGCAUUCCUGCCGUCUUGGCUGAUGGCGCACAGAGUGGUGCCUUUCAAUCCCAUUGUGUUUUACCUUUACUUUGCAUAUAAUGUUUCGAAUCCUAUCAUUUACGCCUUUAUGAAUCCAGCAUUCCGGCGUGAACUUAAGGAUUUGAUCAGCUGCAUGAAAUGUAAAGACAUAUGACGCUAUCGGUGACAUGUACUUGUACCUGUUGACAAAGUUUUGAACUUAUGAACAGUGUAUUGUAAAUCAUGUGGUCGUUUUUCUACUAUACACAUUUCUUUCAGCGACAUCUUGUAUUGCCUUCUGUUGGUUAUUCUUGGAAUUUCAUAAUUUAAUUAUAGUCACUAUCCCGCCUUUGAAUUUUAAGGUCAGUCAAAAUGGUCACCUCGUUGCCAUGGACAUAGCAAUUUAAUGUGUCAUUACAUGAUAGAAAUUGCAAUUAUAAUUCCCCUGAAUGCGUUUUCUGAUACCGCCUCUGUGGUCUUGUGGAUAAGUGUCGGCCCGGAAAGAGGAAGGGCCAACGUCGGAGGAAUAUCAUCAUCAGUUAACGGAUUCGAGCCGACAUCAAGCCGAUGUCGAGCCGAUAUCGUGCCGACGAGUGCUAACUUACAGCUGACUAAUUUUUAAUUCUAAUGAUAAUUAACAAAUAUUUGUGCUAUAUAAUUUAUAGGAAUACUUUAUGUCCCUGAAUACACUGUUUCCAACAUCAUUAAUAAUCAUUUAUUUAUAAAUAAAACUCCAUAGGACACCUGAAACCAAGGAGCAUUCGGGCGACUCGUGUCAUUCCGGGAUAGGUCGAAUGGGAAGGAUUUCAUGUUGGCGCAGUGACAUCAGAACGACUUCAAACAAAAACGAUAACUCUUUUUUUUUUCGAGUCCAGUAGUAAUAAAAGUAACAGUAGCACUCGCAUAUUGCUGUUCAUGAAAGCAUAAGGCUUCUUUGAUAUAUCAAAACAAUAUUACAAUUAUUUGUUGAAAACAUAAUGUAACGUGAUUUAUCUCAACUGUUCAUCUUCUAUUCCCAAAUGUAUAUUUCUAAAUACGAUUUUGAAGUGAACAAUUUACAGUGAAAAAUAUGUUUAUUAAAUUAAAUCAACUUCCUCAAAUUUCAUGAACAUUUAAGAAGAUUUUUUUCUGCUUGAAUGGGCAAUUAAAGCAAAUUUGUUGUAUAACUGUAAUAAGCCGAAAUGUACGUUCAAAUAUAUAAGUAUCCAGUUUUGUUAUUUAAACUAUUCAAUUAAUUACAUUAUUUUUCCGUAAACCAAUUCAGUCAGCAUGUAUUGCUAUAUACUAAUAAAGUUAUCUUUUAUACUAAUGAAUUUAGAACUUUCAGUCUGCUCGUGUAAUGUUAACGAGAUGGGGCGGUGUGAGUCCGGCUCAGUUGAUGAAUUCACUGGUUUAAGAAAUGGCUUCACCAUGGCUGAUUUCAAACUUGUGUGGCGAAGACCAGAAAUCCAAAUGUUGUUGUAUAGUUGAAGUCAUAACUUUUUAAUUGGGUUUGGGAUGUGGUUGAGUAUUGUGUAGCUAAAGAUAUCUAUUCCUGUGGCUGAGACUGUGUUGUUCGGUUUAGAGCUGUUUGCAAUUCAUAAGGUUAUGUAUAACAUGUUGGUUUUGGGGGUAUAUUUCGAGAUUAUAUUAUUUCAUUUGAAUUUAACUCUAUGCUUGGUGGAGCGGACUAUGACCGAGAGGUGUGCAGCUAUUGCGUUGAAAUAUUAGAUUUGGAAUGUCUUUUCAUUACGUUGAAUAUUUUCCAUAAUGGUAUUUUGUUUUCCAAGUAAUAAGUAGCACAAAAGGCUAGCUAUAUCCAAUGUUUAUUCCUAAUACAGAACAUUCACCAUUUCCAAACACACUCGCGUGAUAGCCUGUUUAUUUGUUCAUAUUAAAAUUUAUGUAAAUGUAAUAAGACAUUGGAGUAUCAUGUCUCGAUGGUCGGCCCAUGUGCAGUUUACACUCGCAUUUAAUGUAUUUUUAUUCUGUACAGCGAGUG